AGCUAGGGGCGGAAGAGCCUAUAUAAAGGUCGCGCCAGCGUCGUGACGCAGUUAGAUCCGCUUGACUCUACGUGACCGUUCGUUUGUCUGGAGCGCCGUCCUUGGGAAAAUGCAGAUCUUUGUGAAAACCUUGACGGGCAAAACCAUCACCCUAGAGGUAGAGCCCAGCGAUACCAUUGAGAAUGUCAAGGCCAAAAUCCAGGACAAAGAAGGCAUUCCUCCAGACCAGCAGAGGUUGAUCUUUGCCGGAAAGCAGCUGGAAGAUGGACGCACCUUGUCCGACUACAACAUCCAGAAAGAAUCCACUCUGCACUUGGUCCUGCGCCUCCGAGGUGGUAUGCAGAUCUUUGUGAAAACCUUGACGGGCAAAACCAUCACCCUAGAGGUAGAGCCCAGCGACACCAUUGAGAAUGUCAAGGCCAAAAUCCAGGACAAAGAAGGCAUUCCUCCAGACCAGCAGAGGCUGAUCUUUGCCGGAAAGCAGCUGGAAGAUGGGCGCACCUUGUCCGACUACAACAUCCAGAAAGAAUCCACUCUGCACUUGGUCCUGCGCCUCCGAGGUGGUAUGCAGAUCUUUGUGAAAACCUUGACGGGCAAAACCAUCACCCUAGAGGUAGAGCCCAGCGAUACCAUUGAGAAUGUCAAGGCCAAAAUCCAAGACAAAGAAGGCAUUCCUCCAGACCAGCAGAGGUUGAUCUUUGCCGGAAAGCAGCUGGAAGAUGGACGCACCUUGUCCGACUACAACAUCCAGAAAGAAUCCACUCUGCACUUGGUCCUGCGCCUCCGAGGUGGUAUGCAGAUCUUUGUGAAAACCUUGACGGGCAAAACCAUCACCCUAGAGGUAGAGCCCAGCGAUACCAUUGAGAAUGUCAAGGCCAAAAUCCAAGACAAAGAAGGCAUUCCUCCAGACCAGCAGAGGUUGAUCUUUGCCGGAAAGCAGCUGGAAGAUGGACGCACCUUGUCCGACUACAACAUCCAGAAAGAAUCCACUCUGCACUUGGUCCUGCGCCUCCGAGGUGGUAUGCAGAUCUUUGUGAAAACCUUGACGGGCAAAACCAUCACCCUAGAGGUAGAGCCCAGCGACACCAUUGAGAAUGUCAAGGCCAAAAUCCAGGACAAAGAAGGCAUUCCUCCAGACCAGCAGAGGCUGAUCUUUGCCGGAAAGCAGCUGGAAGAUGGACGCACCUUGUCCGACUACAACAUCCAGAAAGAAUCCACUCUGCACUUGGUCCUGCGCCUCCGAGGUGGUAUGCAGAUCUUUGUGAAAACCUUGACGGGCAAAACCAUCACCCUAGAGGUAGAGCCCAGCGAUACCAUUGAGAAUGUCAAGGCCAAAAUCCAAGACAAAGAAGGCAUUCCUCCAGACCAGCAGAGGUUGAUCUUUGCCGGAAAGCAGCUGGAAGAUGGGCGCACCUUGUCCGACUACAACAUCCAGAAAGAAUCCACUCUGCACUUGGUCCUGCGCCUCCGAGGUGGUAUGCAGAUCUUUGUGAAAACCUUGACGGGCAAAACCAUCACCCUAGAGGUAGAGCCCAGCGAUACCAUUGAGAAUGUCAAGGCCAAAAUCCAGGACAAAGAAGGCAUUCCUCCAGACCAGCAGAGGCUGAUCUUUGCCGGAAAGCAGCUGGAAGAUGGGCGCACCUUGUCCGACUACAACAUUCAGAAAGAAUCCACUCUGCAUUUGGUCCUGCGUUUAAGGGGCGGUAACUGAACUUGCUCCUGCUAGCAUCUGAAUAAAAAUUUCACUGCACCUUGUUCCAAUAAAGCUGUUGCAUUCAC